AUGAGACAGUGGCGGCGCCUUGCUCACGGGGGCGAAGGCUUGGACGGCCCCGACUCUGCAUAUAUAGAUGCCGUUUCCCCUCGUGCAACGAUGCAGCUAUUCUAUAUUAGCGCAAUUACUCCUGACAUGGCUCUCAUACUGUUUAUCGCGUGCGUUUUGGUCGGCUUGGCGGCAGCCGGGGAAUUGCAGUCGACUGUUGCGCCCUUGUUCAAACCAGCAGGCGAGAUCAUCCCCGGCCACUACAUUGUCAAGCUCAAAGAUGGCUUCUCCCUCACUGCCAGUGAGGCCCUUUCAGAGCAUGCCUCUUCGGCGCAGAACGUAUACGGCAACAUCUUUCGUGGCUUUGCUACGUACCUCGACAAAGACCAGUUGGCAUUCUUGCGACUCAGCCCCAGUGUCGACUUCAUUGAGCACGACAUGACGCUGAAGCCUCUGAGCUACGUCGACCAACCCAACGCGGGAUGGAAUCUCGGACGCAUUUCGCAUCGCAAGCCUGGCAACAGCACGUAUACCUACGACAGCUCUGCUGGGGCGGGGACUUGCUCUUAUAUCCUCGACACUGGCAUUGCCGCCAACCACCCUGAAUUCGGUGGUCGAGCCGCCCAGAUCAAGAGCUUCGUCAGCCAGACGACCGACGGCAACGGCCACGGCACGCACAUUGCCGGCAUCAUCGGCGGGACCGUCCACGGGGUGGCCAAGCGCACGCGCCUCUACGGCGUCAAGGUGCUCGACGACAACGGCAGUGGGACGCUCGCGCACGUCAUUGGCGGCAUGGACUACAUUGCGCAGGACGCCAAGCGACGCGGCUGCCCGCGGGGCGCCAUGGCCAACCUGAGCAUCGGCGGCGCGUACUCGCGGGCCGUCAACGCGGCGGCGGCGGCGCUGGUGCGCGCGGGCGUCUUCGUGGCCGUGGCGGCGGGCGGCAACAACGGUGACGCGGGCAGGACGUCGCCGGCGUCGGAGCCGACGGUGUGUACGGUGGGCGCGAGCACGGAGCGGGAUGCGCGGGCGCCAUUUUCGGAUUACGGGCCGGUGGUGGAUGUCUUUGCGCCGGGGGUGAGCAUCCGGGCGGCGUGGCCGAGCGGCGACACGCAAACACUGUCCGGCACGGCCAUGGCGGCGGCGCACAUCACAGGCCUCGGGGCGUAUCUUGCCGGGCUGGAGGGAUUCCCGGGGUCGGAAGCAUUGUGUAAGCGGAUUCAGGAGCUCGCGACCAAGAACAUCUUGACGGGUGUGCCGAGCGGCACGGUGAACCUGCUUGCCUUUAACGGGAAUCCACUGGGAUGA